AUGGGCAACCAGCCUUCGCUACAUGUGAAGGAAGAUCCACCACCUUCUCCAAACCCGCCGUCCGCAUGCCCUGUCGACCACUCCGCUCGCAAAACCUACCUUGCUGCGGCAUCAGAAAAGAAGAACCCCCCUACGAUUCCACAACCUCACACUGAGGCAACCACGUCCCGCCCUCCACCAGCUCCCCGAUUGAAGUCCGAAGAAUCUCUAAGCGUCAACCGCGAAAUCUCAUCCAUUCCCCGCGCCACCACCUCUCCUCCGACAACCACACCCUCGCCUACAUCGCUUCCCGUCGGCUCCUCUGAAUCACACCCCUCCAACCCCACUCCCUCAAACUCCAAAAACUGGAUCUACCCCUCAGAGAAAAUGUUCUUUGACGCCAUGAGACGAAAGUCCUAUGCACCUGAAUCCCGCGACAUGUCCGUCGUAGUUCCAAUCCACAACGCCGUCAAUGAGCGAGCUUGGAGCGAAAUUCUCGCUUGGGAAACGAAAUCCGCUCGCGCAAGGGAGCAAAACAAGAGAUGUGGAGGCCCGCAAUUGAGGAGCUUUUCUGGGGAUAGUAAAAAAUUGAGUCCGAGGGCAAGGUGGAAGAGUCUCUUGGGGUAUUCGAGGCCGUUCGAUCGACAUGAUUGGGUUGUGCAGAGAUGUGGUGGUAAAGAGGGCGGAGAGGGGACGGUGGAGUAUCUGAUAGAUUUCUACAAGGGCAGUGGGGGGCGUUGA